AUGACGUCUCCCUAUAAGACCCAAACGGUGGUAUACAAUCGCUCUAAUGCUUUUGUAGCUACUGAAGACGAUAGUCAUCAACGUUUUACGUAUCUAUUUAAUCUUGCACAUGAGCAGUAUAUGGCUGGUUAUUAUCAAGAAGCACUACGUCUGUGUCAACAACUGUAUGAAUCUGAUGCUUAUCGUACUGAUAAUUUGUUAUUACUUGGAGCCUUACAUUUUCAACUUGGGAAUCUCUCCGAAAGCAUUUUUUACAAUCAACAAUGUAUUCGUGUAGCUCCUGACUUUGUUGAAGCGUAUGGAAAUUUGGGAAACGCAUUGAAAGAACUUGGAGAUUUAUCUGGGGCUGUCCAAUUUUAUAUACGUGCAAUCAAGCUGAAUCCACGCUUUGGAGACGCGUACAACAAUUUGGCCAAUUGCUACAUGCUCUUAGGUCAGACAAGUGAAGCUGUGGAAACGUACAAGAUGGCGAUUCUAUUGGAUCCACAGCUUGUGGAUGCACAGAGUAAUUUGGGCAAUUUGUACAAGAUGCAGGGCUGUCUAGAAGAUGCAAAACACUGUUAUGCACAAGCUAUUCGUUAUAAACCAAGUUUUGCGAUUGCUUGGAGUAAUUUAGCUGGACUUUUAAAAGAUGACGGACAAUUGGACGCUGCCAUUGAUCACUACAGAGAAGCUAUUAGAUUAGCUCCAGAUUUCGCAGAUGCUUAUAGUAAUUUGGGCAAUGCAUUGAAGGAAGCUGACAGGGUUGACGAGGCAAUCCAAGCGUACAAGUCGGCGUUACAAAUCCGACCGACCUUUGCUAUUGCCCACGGUAAUCUGGCCAGCUGCUACUACGAUGCAGGCCAGAUGGAGCUGGCCAUCCAGACUUUUCGGUACGCGAUUCAGCUCGAACCAAACUUUCCGGACGCCUACAAUAAUUUGGGUAAUGCUUUGCGUGAAUGUGGCCAGCUUGAGCAAGCUGUCGCGUGUUAUCGUACGGCACUGCAGCUCAAACCGGACCAUCCACACGCGUACAACAACCUGGGUAACGCCUUGAAGGACAAGGGGCUCGUGAAGGAAGCGUUGCACUGCUACACGACGGCAGCGCGUCUGCUCCCGCAGUUUGCGGCCGCGCACAGCAACAUUGGCAGUGUUUUGAAAGAGCAGGGCAAGUUGGACCUGGCACUGGCACACUACCAGCAGGCUAUCACGAUUGACCCUAACUUUGCCGAUGCAUACAGCAACAUGGGCAAUGUGUUUAAGGACUUAAGUCGUUUGGAAGAAGCCAUCCAGUGCUACUCGACAGCAAUCCGUCUGAAACCGCAGUUCCCUGAUGCCUAUAGCAACCUCGCUAGCGCGUACAAGGAUGGCGGUCGUCUCGAGGACGCUAUUACGUGCUACCGCAAGGCACUUGCGCUACGCCCGCACUUCCCGGAUGCAUUUGCCAACUAUUUCCACUCGAUGGUAUUUAUCUGUGACUGGCAGUCUCGCUCGCAGGACACGGAGAUGCUGCAACAAUUUGUGGAUGAGCAGCUGAGUAUGGGUGGCGUGCUGCCGUCCGUACAACCGUUCCACGCACUGGUGUAUCCGCUGUCGAUGCAGCGAUUCCAAGACAUUUCACGGCGAUAUGCUGAGCGCGCCAAGCUGAACGUGAGUCUAGUGGACCUGCCUCCGAUGCGUUUCAAGAGCAAGCUAGCGUCGGAGCGUCUGCGCAUUGGUUAUGUGUCUUCAGACUUGGGUAACCACCCGCUGGCGCAUUUGAUGCAGAGUGUGUUUGGCAUGCACGACAAGAGCAAAUACGAGGUGUUCUGCUACGCUACGUCGCCGGACGACGGAUCGAUGUGGCGCAAGCAGAUUGCUGGUAGCGUCGAACAUUUUACUGACAUUUGUACAUUGUCAAACGGCGACGCUGCGCGCACGAUUCAUGCCGACAGCAUUCACAUUCUUGUCAAUCUGAACGGGUAUACAAAGGGUGCUCGCAACGAGAUCUUUGCGCUCCAGCCUGCACCUGUCCAAGUGAGCUACAUGGGUUUUUGUGGCACGCUCGGUGCCGACUACAUUCAGUACAUGGUUGGCGACGCCACGGUGGUGCCUUUGGAGUACCGGCGGUUCUUUACGGAGAAACAGAUCAACAUGCCGCACUCGUACUUUGUGAAUGACCACAAGCAGUCGGCGCGCGAUGUGCUGGACAAGGCCAAAUGUCCGAAACGAGCAGACUACGGUGUGCCUGAGGACAAGUUUGUAUUUUGCAACUUCAACCAGGUGUACAAGAUUGACCCUGUCACGUUCGCGACUUGGAUGAAUAUCCUCAAGCGCGUGCGGAACUCAGUAUUGUGGCUGCUGCGCUUCCCUCCUAUCGCGGAGACGAACAUUCGCUCCGCGGCCCGUGCUUGCGGAGUUAAAGACCAGACGCGUUUAAUCUUUACUGACGUGGCUCCUAAGGACGAGCACCUAAAGCGUGGGUACCUCGCUGAUCUGUUCUUGGAUACGCCCGAGUGCAAUGCGCAUACGACUGGAUGUGACAUUCUGUGGGGCGGCACCCCGAUGGUGACGAUGCCAAAGGACCGCAUGGCCACGCGCGUAGCUUCGAGUUUGCUGCGCGCCGCCAAUAUGAGCGAGCUUAUUGUGGAUUCGCUCAAAGAAUACGAAGAACUUGCAGUGGCGCUCGCUAGUGACACGGAUCGAUUAGGGAAGCUUCGACGGCGGCUUGAAGACGAGCGUCUGCACAGUCCACUGUUCGAUACCCAGCGGUGGGUUCGCAACCUAGAGACGGGCUUAUGCAUCGCGUGGGAACGCCACGAGCAAGGCCUCUUGCCUGACCACAUCGAUGUGCCUGAUAUUAACGACCUGGAGCAGCUAAAGUCGGAAAAGUACAAGACCAUUGACAACCAGUCGCAGUCUUGGGCUACAGCAGGGAUUGCAAUGGACGACAACAGCGACCAGCACUCGAGCACCGAAUCUAUCGGUAGCAGUGACCUGCGAAUGAGCGCCUCACUUUGUAGUAGAAUGUCGACUGCCGCGACCAGAUCAACCUCUGCCUACAAACAAGUAUGA